GAUCAGGCACUUCGAUUGUAUCUAGAAACGUUCCGGUUACCGGGUGAGGCACCACUGAUUUCCCUUGUUAUGGAACACUUUGCGGAUCAUUGGCAUGAAUGCAAUAACGAACCAUUUGCAAACACGGAUGCCGCCUUUCGGUUAGCAUACGCAGUGAUCAUGCUGAAUAUGGAUCAGCACAAUCAUAACGCGAAGCGACUCAACGUACCGAUGACGGUAGAGGACUUUCAGCGCAAUCUACGUGGUUUAAACGGCAACUCGGACUUUGAUCAGGAGAUGCUAACCAAAAUAUAUCAUUCCAUACGAAACGAAGAAAUUAUAAUGCCUGCCGAACAGACGGGGUUGGUGCGCGAAAAUUACCUCUGGAAAGUGCUGCUGCGACGCGGUACAACGAAGGAUGGCGUUUUCCGGCACGUAUUUGGUCCGCAGCACGAUCGCGAACUGUAUCGCGUCAUCCAAGGUUCGACGUUGGCCGCACUUAGCUUCGUGUUCGACAAGUCGCUUGACAAUGCCCUACUCUACCAAAAGGCUAUCGGUGGAUUCAUCAAGUCGGCAGCAAUUGCCUCCCAUUUCCAGCUCCACGGUGACUUGGAUGCGCUCGUGCUAACGCUCUGUAAGUUCAGUACGUUGCUGACACCGCCACCGAACGAUGCAAACGAAAUCACGAGCUGCGUGCUGUUCGGUCAGAACGUGAAGGCACAGUUGGCCAUGCGCACCGUGUUCGCGUUGAUACACGAGCAUGGUGACUGCAUGCGCGAGGGCUGGCGCCACACGAUGGAUGUGCUGUUGCAGCUGUUCCGGCUGAAGCUACUGCCGAAGGCGUUGAUGGAGGCCGAAGAUUUUUGUGAACCGAAUGGCAAGGUGGCGCUGCUGCGAGAGCAAAAUCCACUACCGAAGACGGAAGCGGGCUUGUUCAGUUCGCUCUACUCGUACCUGGCUAACGAUGGCCAGCGGCAACCGACAUACGAGGAGCAGGAAGUGAUCAAGGUGUCGCGCAAGUGUAUCCGGGACUGUCAGAUCGAACAGAUCGUCAACGAGUCCAAGUUUUUGCAGUUUGAAUCGUUGGAAGAACUAGUCAGUUGCCUGCUGGCGAUGAUCGUUCCACCGGAGGUACAUAAAAGUGCCGCAACAAGUACCUCGCUUGCUGGUGGUGCUAGUGGCAACCAGCAACAGGUGGCGUAUGGUGAGUGUACGGUAGUAUUUUUAAUGGAACUCCUCGUGAAGGUUUUGAUACAGAACCGUGAUCGCUUACUGCCACUGUGGCCAAAGGUGCAGGAGAAACUGUACGCUCUGCUCGUUGGUGGAUCGAGUUUCGAUUACACUUAUCUCUUGCAACGCACGACGGUUGCGCUACUAAAGCUGGCCAUCUAUCUGAUGCGUAAUGAGGAGCUCUGUUCGACCAUUCUGCAAGGCCUAAGAAUGCUGUUAGCCCUACCACCGGCCGUUAUACUGGCCAUCUCGAAACCGAUCUCGAUCGGUAUGUAUGAACUUUUGAAAACGAGUGCCCAAAACAUUCACUCCGAGGCAGAUUGGGUGAUUGUGUUCACGAUUUUGGAGUGUGUGGGAGCGGGUGCAGUACCACCGGAGUAUGUAGAUCCGGCACAAUCGGCGGCCUCGCAGCAAACUGUCACUGGCGCUAAAUCAGAUGGAACACUAAGCAGUGAGGAAGAUUCCGGGCUACCCGAUCGGGGCUACAUCUCGGAUUCGGAAGUCAGCUCAAUGACAACCACAAUCACCUCCACCACCACCAAUACGAUACCAUUGAAGGGAACAUCGAAUACGGCUACCCCACCACCAAUGCCAAGCCCAACGGCUGGUGAUGCUUGGAUUCUGGUUAACAAGGACACCAUCGAUUUGGUUUCCGGAGCAACGACAGGAACCAAUGGUGUAAAUGAUGGUAGAUCAUCCUCACCAUGCCAAUCGAUUCAGUAUCGCUGCAAGUUGCUGGAGCAUUCAGCAUUUGCACUGGUCAAAUGCUGGGAGAGUCUAGCGUUCAUCGUGCGCAAUGUGGCGCACAUUACACCGUACAACUUCGAGAGUUGUGUCCGCUGCAUUCGAACGUUCGUCGAAGCAUCGAUGGGUUCAUCCCAUCCCCAACAGCCGCAGCACCAUGCGGACGCUCGCGGUGCCGGUAAAGGUAGACGUAAGAUCGCAGGAGGAGCAGAGCGAAAAGAGAGUCGUCGAAAGAAUGGGUCAGCACAGCAGUCGAGCAGUGGAGCUUCGUCGACGUCCUCCUUGGGCGCUGGGGAGAGCAGCGAUAGCGAAUCGGACGAGCUUCCGGAGCGUUACCAAUCCAUCUCGAUCCAGCUGCUCGAUCUAAUGCACACGCUGCAUACAAGAACGGCGCAGAUAUUCCGCUGGUGGGCCGAAGAAGGUGGUGCGGUACCGCAGUGUGCCUCACUCUGGUCACAAGGCUGGUGUCCUUUGUUGCAAGGCAUCGCACGACUGGCUACCGAUCAUCGACGACAGGUGCGCACUAGCGCCAUAACAUGCCUCCAGC